AUGGCCGCCUCGAUAAACCCAAGAGCCGUGUUCACCGGGGGCAACCGCGGGGGCCGGGAGGGGGGCGAGGGCGGCAAGCCCCCGGACGCUGCGCAAAUUCGCCGCCGGGAGCAGGAGAAGGAGCAGAGGCGCGUGGCCGCCCAGCGGGUCGUGCGGAGCGCCGCCGGGGUCAGCCGCGCGGAGGCGCUUCGCAUCGGCCUGGACCAGCGCAGCACGUACACCGUCCUCGACUUUCUCCGCUCGGAGGACAUAUUGGGCCCCGCCACCUCCGCCGACGCCGCUCCCGUGAAGCAUCAGGGGCCCAGCAUGCCCCUCAACGCCGGCCACCGGAUCGCGGACAUGCCCCCGGCGUUCGUGAACGAGGACGCGCUCGCCGAGGCGUUCGGCCUGCCCGCGCGGGGCGCGGGGGGGGUCGACGGCGACGAGGAUCGCGAUAACCUCUCCAAACUCGCCGCGAGGAUGGACUCGUUCGCGCAGCGCGCGCUGCUGUACAACAAGCCCAGCAAGGCACCCGGCCGCGCGCCGCGGGUGCUCUCCUCCCUUCUCGUGGACGACGCCAUGUACGUCCAGAGGUUCGCCACGCAGGACGAGCGCGGCGAGGAGGCGACGCUCACGCUUCGAAUGACCCUCGAGGAGCGGCUGGCGCCGAAUUACAAAUCCGCCACCGUGUUCGAGCAGUGGGUGGUCCACAGCGUCACGGGCGAACCCGCGGAGGACGCGCACCUCCCGUCCGAACCCCACGCCCGCGUCGCCCCGGAAGCCGUCGUCGCCGCACAGCUGGACGCGCUCAAGUGGGGAGAUUCGGAGCGCUGCCGUCGGUUCGCGUCGCCGAGGAACGUCGCGUCAUCCGUCGACGCCUCGGUUUUCCGCGAGAUGCUCGACACCCCGGCGUACGCGCCCCUGUCCGAUCCGGAGGGCACGUGCGAGGUAUCGCGGUGCGUGCAGCUGGGUUCCGACUCGUUCGCGGCGGUGGUGACGUGCCGGUCGUGGAACCACGGCGGCGGACGGGCGACGUACACAUCCUGGAACGUGAAGGGAAAGGGUGCGCCGCCGCCCAGGUAUUUCGUCUGGCUCCUGACGAGGCAGCCCGGGUCGGGGAGCGCGAGCGCGACGGAUCUGGCGGCGGCGGCGGCGCUGGGCGGGGAGCCCGGGUCGCUCGUGCUGUCCAAGUGCCCCAACGUGGACGUCUCCGGUUGCUGGCUGACGGACGCGGUGAUGCCGGCGCGGCCCCAGGAUCUCAAAAAGUUUGGCGUCUGA